UGGGCAAAAUCGAUCAGCAGGCAGCAGUAGAUUUCAACAUGUCUGCCGUCGGCUGUCAGUAAAGGAGGUGUUUGUUUUCAACUCAGCAGCGGAUCCGUGAGCUCGGUGAAGAACAAACGAGGUGCUCUCAUGGCUCAGUGCGUGCAGUCAGUGCAGGAGUACAUCCAGGACUCGUUCGUGCCGAUGGUGGCUGUCCUGUGCAGCGAGGAUGCGGAGAGAGUGACCCGCAAAAACAGCCUGAGCUUCCCCGAGCUGCUGCGGCCUUUCUGCCGCCUGACGUCCGAGGGUCACCUGCGUGACCCCAAUAACCAGGUGGUUGUGGUGAAGGGCCUCCGGAUCAGUGUGACUGGGAUCAACACAAGGCCUCCACAGACCCCAGAGAUGCAGAGACUCCUCAGCCAGGCGGUCUCUGUCUGCCAGCCUCCUGAAGUGUCGCCCGCCAAUGUCAUCACGGCUGGAGACUACGACCUCAACAUCAGCGACCGCACGGUCAAAGCGAGCGUUCCCUGGUACUCUGACUGGAAAGAAACACUCACCCAGCUGAGCUCGUCCAAGUACUACACAGCAACAACACCAUGGUUUGAGACUUAUCGGGAGAACUUCCUGCAGUCCAUGCCAGCGUCAGAGCACGAGUUCCUCAACCACUACCUGGCCUGUAUGUUGGUGGUGUCGUCCUGUGAGGCGGUGCCGACAGAGCGGUUCCUCAAGCUGUCACAGGAACAGCACCGAAUCCAGCACAGUGGGGAAUACACUCAUCCCAAAUGGUUUAUCCCCAACACUCUCAAAUAUUAUGUCCUGCUUCAUGAUAUCAGUGAGGGAGACGAGCAGAGGGCGGACUCUGUGUACGAGGAUAUGAAACAGCGGUAUGGUACUCAGGGCUGCUAUCUGCUCAAGAUAAACUCCAGGAGUGGUAGCACUGGUGCGGAUGAACAGAUGCCGGACCCCUGGAGUCAGUACUUACACAAGACCAGCAUACACAACCCUGAACUAUAUGAAGAAUCUGCAGUGAGUAAUGCGGUUGAAAACAACAUCGGCGCAGAGGAAGGUGGUCUUGAUCCCUCCAUUAGAGACGGCGUCUCAGAGACUCAUCCUCUGCAGCUGGACCAGCCCACUGAUGCCGGUUACCCUAGCAACAACGCCAGUCAGUCUGUAAACAAUGUGGAUAUGACGAGGCCUCAAAAACAGGCCAGCGUGACCUCUCACACCACCCCGACCCCUCGAGGAACCUGCCUGACCCUGAACGACCACGACCACAUCCGGCAGUUUAUCCAGGAGUUUACCUUCAGAGGAUUACUGCCGCACAUCGAGAAGAACAUACGGCAGCUAAACGACCAGCUUGUCUCAAGAAAAGGUCUGAGCCGAUCUCUUUUCUCUGCCACUAAGAAGUUGUUUGGUGGAGGGAAGGUCCCAGAGAAGAGUAUUGCUGAACUAAAGAACACUGCAGGGCUGCUCUAUCCCUCAGAGGCCCCAGAGCUUCAGAUCAGGAAGAUGGCCGACCUCUGCUUCCUCGUUCAGCACUAUGAGCUGGCCUACAACUGCUACCACACUGCCAAGAAGGACUUCCUCUCUGACCAGGCCAUGCUGUAUGCCGCUGGAGCACUGGAGAUGGCUGCUGUCGCUGCCUUUCUGCAGAGUGGGGCACCCAGGCCGUACCCAGCACACUACAUGGACACGGCCAUUCAGACCUACAGAGACGUGUGCAAGUAA